AUACAUUCAUCCAGAGAAAAUUUUAGAAGAACGAUAGGUCAAAGGUAGCUAGGGCAGGGCGUGGGCGGAAGGCGCUUGCUGGAUUUGGAGCAAUGACCAGGGGAAAUCAGCGAGAGAAAGAUCGCGAGAGAGCUCAGGCGAGAUCCGCCAAAGGCGGCAAGGCAAAGGAUGAUCUUACGCCGGAGCAGAGGAGAGAGAGAGAUGCGAAGGCGCUCCAGGAGAAAAACGCUCGGAAAGCCGCGGGGGGAGAAGCAGGGGCUGGAUCGAAUGCAGCCGGGGGAGGAGCGAAAUCUUCCGCGAAGAAAUGACUGGAUUGGUCGAUAGAACCCUGUCUAAUAAGCACACUGUAUAGAAAUGAAAAUCUUUUUAAGCC